AUGAAUAUAUCAAAUGAAAUAAAGAAUAAAUCACAAGUUUAUCCAUAUGGUUAUAAUGGAGGUGAAUGUCAUUAUUGUUAUGAAACUGAAGAUGGUAGAAAUUCAUAUGGGAUGGAUGCAAAACAAUUAACAGUUGAUGAUUAUCAGUCAUUGUGUGAUACUGGAUGGCGCAGAUCAGGGAGUUAUGUCUACAAACCUGAUAAUGCAAAUGUAAAAUCAUGCUGCCCACAAUACACUAUCAGAUUAGAUGUACUCCGCUUCACAAUGACCAAGGAUAACAAAAACACUGUUAAAAAGUUUGAUCGUUAUCUAGAGACUGGUUCAACCACUGUCGACAAGCUUGAAAGAGAACAACUUGCCCAAGAAAAGUCUAAAAAAAAACUUUUACAUCAACAAGAAUUAAAAGAAAAACAACAAGAUCCAAAUAUAUUAAAGAUUCAACAUUGGAUUUUAUUAUCAAUUAAACAAUUGAUAAACAACAACAAAGGUGUAGAUAUAGAUGAUGAAUUAUUAAAACCAUGUAUUAUAUUAAAAGAGAAUCCAAAAAAACUUCAACAAUCAAGAGGAUUAUAUUCAUUUGAUUUGGCUAGAAUCAUUAAAAUCGAUCAAUUACAACAGAUUGAAGAUUUUGGAAACAAAUUAAUCAUUACUCUACAAUCAACCGUGAUUGAAAAUCAAACAUUUAAAGUUCAAGAAAAUAUUACAAAAAAUCAUAUCAAUUUUAAUCCAAUCAAUAAUAUUAAUAAUACAAUUACAACUACUCGUCCUAUUAAAAUUAAAGUUGAUAAUAAUAAUAAUAAUGAAUCAAAGAUUAAAAUUGAACCUUCUCAUAAUUUAACUAUUACACUUCAUAAACCAGAAUGUACAGAUGAAAUAUUUAAACUUUAUACAAAAUAUCAAACUAUUGUACAUAAAGAAAAAGGUGAAAAGAAAAAAGAUUCAUUUACUAGAUUCCUUGUUGAUUCUCCUUUAAUUUAUGUACCAUAUUCUACUGAAGGAUAUUAUAGUCGUGGAGAAAAGAUAUCGAUACCAAAAUGUGGAUUUGGAUCAUUUCAUCAACAUUAUAGAAUUGAUGGUCAAUUGAUUGCUGUUGGCAUUGUAGAUAUACUUCCACAUUGUUUGUCGAGUGUCUAUUUUAUCUAUGAUCCAGAUUAUUCAUUUGUUUCGAUUGGAAAGUAUAGUGCCAUCAAAGAGAUUGAACAAACCAAGAGGUUGGCACUCGAAGCUCCUCAACUUCACUAUUAUUACAUGGGUUACUAUAUUCAUAGUUGCCCCAAGAUGAAGUACAAGGCCAAUUAUAAACCAUCGGAAUUACUUUGUCCAGAGGUUUAUCGUUGGGUCGAUGUGACCAAGGCCGUGGAACGAAUUGAAAAGAGCAAAUACUCUCCUUUGGCAGUCGAUGAGCGUAUGGAGCCUCUCUCUAAACGAUCACCGUUUAUCAUUGACAAUGUAAAGUUUAUGAGCGGAAAUCGCGUGUUUGGCCUUCAAGAUAUCAAACAAGAGUAUCAAAAGAAAUAUAAAACUUAUCUUUCAGAUUUUGUUGAUAAUGUUGGUGAACAUUUAUUAAAUAAUUUAAUUUUAAAAUUGGAUUGA